AAUAUAUUGCACAUAACGGACAUUCAUUUGGACGAACACUACUCGCCGUUAAUUGAGCCCAAAUGUGGAGCUCCUUAUUGUUGUCGAUCCAACAGCACAACAGUCCCGUCCACUCCCGAUGCCGGGCAGUGGGGGUCCUAUUUCUGCGAUACACCCCUUAAACUGUUGGACAAUUUGUUCGCAACAAUUGACUGGCAGUCUAUUGAUUUGGUCUAUUGGACAGGAGAUGUGACCCCUCACGACACGUGGCAGGACUCCAAAGAAGGUAUACUCAGCGCAUCCAAAAUUAUUACAUCCUAUUUGAAGAAAUAUUCUAAGAGUCCAGUGAUUGUCUCACUCGGCAAUCAUAUGGCAGUUCCGGUCGGAACCUUUUCCCCGCCGGACAUCACUAACAGUUUGUCCACUCGUUAUGUUUUCGACCAUAUGAUUGAUGAAUGGUCUGAAUUGUUCCCAACGGAUCAGUUGUCUUCAUUUCGCUCUGCCGGUUAUUAUACAAUAAAAAUAAGACCCGGAUUUCGGGUAAUAGUAGUGAACACCAAUUAUUGCGCGCGACUCAACAUUUGGACAUAUUAUCAACCGAUAGAUCCGGCGAAUCAACUCAAAUGGCUCUCAAAUCAAUUAGAUUUGGCCGAAAAGGCCUCAGAGUUUGUCCAUAUUGUGGGACACAUUCCGCCCGACAAUCGGGAGUGCACUCAGGGCUGGCUCUAUAACUAUUUAAAUAUCAUUGAGAGAUAUAGCAAUACAAUUGUGGGUCAAUUUUACGGUCACACACAUUAUGAUGAGCUGAGAGUCUAUUACUCUAACUAUGAUUGCAAUAAAGUUAUUGGAUUUGGGAUUAUUAGCCCCAGUGUUACCCCAUAUGACGGCAGUCUUCGUCUCAAUCCCGCCUAUCGUUUAGUAAAGAUUAGAGAUAACGGCAUAAUUGAUAACAUCGAGACCUAUUCCCUGGACUUAAGUCGGGCCAACACUCUGCAGGAAGGGUCGACACCCGAGUGGCCGUUGGAGUACUCGAUGUAUUGA